ACUGAAGUGCACGUAAGCUUCUCCCUCACAUUUUCUCGUGUUCUUCACGCCAGCGUCGCAGCUAGAAAACUGGUUCUGUCUGGUAGCCACUAAAAGACCAAAAUGGGGUGCUUCUUUUCGAAAAAAUCCAAAAGGAAGUCAUCCGAAAAAGAGGAUCGUACGCCGACAACAACGACUGUCGAAACUACGACGACAAGCAACGCGGUUCCCCUUGGCAACAACACCGACGAGGCACCGAAGCAGUACAGCUGGGAUAAGCGAGAAAAGGUUGAUCCCAAAGACUACAUGCUGACGGGGCUCAAAGACGUCACAGUGGGCCGUUUGCCUGGCAAACUGAAUGGGCAACAGUUUGUCAUCCAAGAGUGUGAGAACUGCAACAUCUACGUGUUCGACCACUCAGCGACUAUCACCAUCGAUGACUGUGUCAACUGCCGCAUUGUUCUAGGACCCACCAAGGGCAGUGUGUUUUUCAGAGACUGUAAAGACAUAAAGUGUGUGGUGGCCUGUCAGCAGUUUCGCACACGGGACUGUAAAAAGAUGGAGGUGUUCUUGUGCUGCGCAACUCAGCCCAUCAUUGAGUCAUCUACGGGUAUGAAGUUUGGCUGCUUUCAGUACUACUACCCCGAGCUGGCCUUCCACUUCAAGGAUGCCGGGCUCAGCAUAUUUAACAACAACUGGAGCAACAUCCACGACUUCACACCGGUGUCUGGAGAGAACAACUGGAGCUUGUUGCCAGAGGCUUCAGCGGUUCUGGACUUUGUACCGGUCCCAGACGCUGAGUCUGAAUUCAAGUCUGUUCGAAUCUCCAGUGACCCCGCUCGAAGCAUUGUGCCUUUGACAAAGGGAGGGAGACGUAAGGACAGUGAAGAGUCCUGCCUCUUUGUUUUCUUCGCUGGAGAGUAUACAACUGCAAAUGCCCGCAAAAUGAUUGAUGAGGCAACCGCUAAAGGAUUUGUGCUGAUCCAGACAAAGGAAGUCUCAAUGCGGCCUGAAGAUGUGAAGCGAGUGUUCCAGAACAGUGCAGAGGAUCUGGUGGAGUGGAUCACGAAAGGUCCCGUCAUUGCACUCGAGCUGAACGGUGACGGAGUUGUGGAAGCCUGCAAGAACAUCGCUAAAGAAGUAUUCAGUGGGACAAAGGUUUUUGUCUCCGAUAACAAAAAUACGUCCUCUCGAGACGUGGACAACUUCUUCAACUUCGCUGACAUGCAGAUGGGCCUGUGAAUGAUUAAGUAUCAAAACAAACCGUUUGUCAGACUUUGAAUGGGAUUUUCUAACCCCCCUGCCACCCAGCUCGGUUUGAAUAUGAGUAGUGUUUGAUUAUUAGCCUGUUUGUCCUCAAAAGUUAGGUAGGAAAGAAAACUAUUAAGGACUGUGUUUGAUAAAGCCUUGGAUAAAACAAUUCAGUUCAUCAACCACGAGUCUAAAAUUCACCCCCCUCUCAUCCAGAAACAUUUGCUGUAAACCACCUAACUUCCACUAGUUGCUAAGAGUGCUGUGAAUAUUUAUAUUUCUAUGAAUGUAUUCUGUAAUUCUGUUGCUUCUAUCGAUCGUGAAUGUAGCUCUUUGCUGUAAAUGUAAUUCAUUUUAAUUUAAAGCUUUACUGUCUGAAACCGUCUUUGCAGUGAAAAAAAAAACAUGAGCACAAGAAUGCCUGAGGGAAAAUAUUUUAUAUAUAUAUAUAAAUCAUAUUUUUAUUUCUUAUAAGGGUUUAUUUGUGUAUGUGGUUUAGAUAAACUUGUUUAAAAUGUGUAUAUUUGAGACAUGCUGUGUAGGCAAUAACUACAUCUUUAUUGAUAUCUGUUAGGCCAAAGUUCAGUUGUGAAAGUUUUGCUGGUCAUUCAAAUGAACUCAUCUGUUGCUGGUUUUUGACGUAGGCAACUCAUUUUGCAUUUUUUUAUUUUGUAAUAUUUGUUUUAUACUCUACUGAAUGUUUUUGUAUAGACAUAAAUUCAUGUUGUUUCUUAUAAUUUUUUAGUAAAGUUUGAUCUUGUAACUUCAUUUUGUCAUCAGGCUGCAGGUAGCAACCGUCAAACAAUAUGAUUAAUAAUCCUUCCUCCUGAGUUAGUGCAGUUUUAGUUCUGGUCACUAUGCCCAGCAAGACCACUUGGGUUUAAGGUAGUCAUUUGUAAAUUAUGUGAGGAACAUUCAGUUUCCCCUCUGUAACCUGAUCUACCUGCCCUUUUUAAAAUAAAGAACUGAUAAAGUUCAGUUUGAGCGAUUUAACUUUGGAAAAGCUGUUGGUACAAAUACUCAUAUCUGACAGUAUGUAUUUUGUGUCAACCUGGUAAAAAGUUACAAAUAUCACUCUUCACAACAAUGGUGCUUAAACAUUAGAGAUUAGAUUCAUGCUUUGAAUGGAAGCAUACUCCUUGUAGCGUUUAUUGAAGCAGAAUUAAUCUUUUGAAUUCGGGACCUUGUUAACAACGCGCUGUCUUCCUCAGUCAACCACAGUGAGCUGCUUUCACUUCAGCUAUUUGACUUCCACUUACUCAGACAGCAGUAAAUCAUUUGGCUUAUGAUGGACUGUUCCAGUCAGUGCCGAACAGCUUGACCUCACCCAGCCUGUGCGGGGGUGUAUCAUUUAUUCAUUCAUCGGCGAUAACAUGCAACACACAGCAGACAUUUAGCCUGACACAUCACACAGUUUUGUACAGUUGCCUUGAUGAAAAAGAAACACAUAGGGACUUGUUCUUGUGAUGUACCUUUGUAUUUGUAAGUCUUUUGUACUUGAGCAUAUAGUUUUUGUAGACUCUUUAAGAAAGCACAUUUGUGUGUAAUUUGUUGUUUCUACACUUAAAUUAACUGUCUUUAUGAAAUGAGCCACAUUAAAAGCCGUAGAACAUGUG